AUGGCAGAAACUCUUGAUGCGAAAACAGCACGGAUAUCGUCGACCAAAAUUGACGACAAUGAGUUGACAGAUACUCCAGAUGGCCAGGUCCCAAACGAGUAUGAAAGAAAGACGCUCCGGCUCGUCAGCGAUAGGAUCCCUACGUCAGCAUGGCUUGUGUGCGUCGUUGAGACUGCUGAGCGUUUCGCAUAUUAUGGCAUGGCCGGACCUCUACAGAAUUAUAUGCAAAACCCAUACGGCAACUCUCUAAGGCCUGGAGCCCUCGGACUAGGCCAGGCCAACGCAAGCAGCAUUUCCUAUGGUUUUACCUUUUGGAUGUACCUCACGCCGGUACUGGGAGGAAUAAUUGCCGACUCAUGGCUUGGAAGAUACCGCACCAUCUGUUGUGCUGUGACUAUCUACUUGUGCGGACUAUUGAUCCUCUUUGUCACAUCGCUGCCAUAUUCUCUCGAACAUGGUGCUGGGCUAGGCGGCUUCAUCGCCGCGCUGUUUCUCAUUGGCACAGGAGCCGGUGGAAUUAAGUCAAAUGUCUCGGUCUUGAUAUUCGAACAAUAUACCGAGACCAAGCCCAAAAUUUCAACUUUGAAGACGGGAGAGAGGGUCAUUGUUGACCCGCAGACGACUAUUUCCAACAUUUACAUGAUAUUCUACAAUGUAUUAUGUAUCGGCUGUCUGUCAGGCAUUCCAGCGACAUACAUUGAACUCCGCGUUGGGUUUUGGGCUGCAUACUUGGUACCAUUUUGCGUCUUCUGGAUCGCCAUUGCGGCACUUGCAUUGGGAAGAAAGAAAUAUGUACGAAACACACCACAGCCAGUUCUUGGCAAAGCUCUCAAAGCUCUCGGCUUUGCAAUCAAGAGCGGCUUCAAGAUGGACGCAGCCAAGCCAUCCUACCAAGCGCAACGAGGCGGAGCGACUUCGCAUAUUACCUGGGACGACAAAUUUGUAGAAGAACUCAAGCGAGGUUUAUAUGCUUGUCGAGUCUUUAUACCGCUACCAAUCGCUUGGCUCUGCUACCUUCAGGCGGCCAACAACCUCGUAUCCCAGGCUGGGACAAUGGAAACCCACGGCUUACCCAACGACAUCUUGUACAACUUUGAGCUCUUGAUUGAGAUUGUCAUUAUCCAUCUGAUGCGCACAGUCGUCUACCCGCUCCUGCGAAAAUGGCGCAUUAAGACGGGUCCCAUCCGACGCAUCACGGCCGGCUUCGCCGCAGGUAUCCUGGCCAUAGCAUGGGCAGCCAUUGUGCAGCACAUAGUCUAUUCCACAGGACCAUGCUACGAUCACCCACUGGCUUGCGAAGACGGCGCGACACCAAACCGCGUCAACGUGAUGCUUCAGUUCCCGUGCUACGCCCUCUUUGCCCUCAGCGAGGCCCUGUUUGCCGUCACCGCCGCCGAGUACGCCUACACCAAGGCGCCGCGGAGCAUGAAGAGCGUCGUCGCCGCGCUCAACCUGCUCACCGUGGCCGUCGCCAGCGCCCUUGGCAUUGCCGUGUCCCGCGCCGCCGUCGAUCCGGGUCUGACCAUCAUGUACGCCGUGCUCGCGGCCGUCUAUUUUGUCGUCACGCUGGCUUUUUACUACUUUUGUCGCAGCUAUGAUGAUCUCGAAGACGAGCUGUUUGAUCUUGAUGCUAGGGAAUGA